AAUUCCUAAUAGCAUCACUAGAUAAACAAGAAAGGAAAUAAAAAAAUGGAGCACCCCAAAUAGUUGAUUCGAAGGAGAUAAUUGGUCAACUCAUUUAUCAACACUUUGUUCUGUCCACCAAAUUUAUUCCAUUUCUCUUACUAAUUUUCUUCGAUAGAUUUAAAUUCUACCUUUUAUCAUUCACUUCUUCAUCGAAUUCACCUUUUUGUGAAAUCAAUUUUACAUAAUUUCCAAUGGCAGACCACCCAGCAGCAGCAGCAUCAAAACCAGGAGAUCAUCACCCAAAGGUGAAAUCUCCCAAAUUUAUUGAAAAAACUAAGGAAGAGAUUGAAUCACUCUUUCAUCAUAAGUCACCAGAAUCACCACAUCAUGAUCGCCAUCGCAAGGAAACUCAUGGGACAAGUGAAGAUAUUGAUGAAAGCACAUCAGUUGAUGAGAUUAAAGCACCAAAUUUAUUUGAACGGAUAAAGGAAGAAGUUGAAGCCAUCGUUGGAGCAAUGCAUCAAAAGAAGGAUUCAAAAGAUGACAAAUAAGAGAGUGCUAUGAAGUGGCUGUCACAAGAAUUUCAGUUUGAUUUGAUCCUCACUUCUCCCAGGAUUCAGAUUCAUGGGAUGAGUGUAAGUCCUUUUUUGAAUCUUACUCGUAUUUGUUAGACACAAUUCAGCCACCAAGAUUAAUUACAUUUGUUUAUGUAAAAUCCAAUUGUUCUUCCGGAAAUACAGAGGAUGAAUGUUACAAAGUUGUAUGACAUUUCAGUGUUGUGCUCAUGUUAUCAUGUAUCAACCUAUUUUCUUAUGAGAUUUCAACUAGUUUUGUCAUAUAAA